CCAAGCUCUCUCCGCACAUUCUGCCAUUCUGCCAUUCACCAAGUCCCUUCAACUACAAGCACCAUGACGCUUUCGGCCGACACGAUCCGCCUCGUCAAGGCCACGGCGCCCGUCGUCGGCGAGCACGGCUAUGCGAUCACGUCGCAGAUGUACUCGACGAUGCUGCCGAGCGACCCGAAGAUCUCGGCGCUCUUCAACCCGACGCACCAAGUGGUGCUGCCGGGCGAGUCGCGCGCGCGCCAGCCCAUCGCGCUCGCCGACGCCGUCGCCGCGUACGCCAACAACAUUGACAACCUCGGCGCGCUCACGGCCGCUGUCGAGCGCAUUGCACACAAGCACGUGUCGCUCGAGAUCCUGCCCGAGCACUACGAUGUUGUGGGCACGCACCUCUUGGCGGCGAUUCAGACGGUCCUUGGCGACGCCGCGACGCCCGAGAUCGUGGCGGCGUGGGCCGAAGCAUAUGGGUUCCUCGCCGACGUGUGCAUUGCGCGCGAGAAGGCGAUCCGCGACGAGAUUGGGACGCAGACCGGCGGCUGGUACGGCUGGCGCGACUUUGUCGUCGCCAAGGUCGUCGCCGAGUCGAGCGAGAUCAAGUCGUUCCAUUUGCGUCCGGCCGACGACAAGCCGCUCGUGGCCUUUCGCCCCGGCCAGUACGUGGGCGUGCGCUUUGAAACCGAGCACUUUACGACGCAGCGCAACUACUCGCUCUCGAUGGCACCCCGCAAGGACGAGUACCGCAUCACGGUCAAGCGCGAGGGCCCUGCGGCGUCCGGGUGUCCGAUGGGCAAAAUCUCGUCGUACCUCCACGACGACGUCCACGAAGGCGACACGCUGCAAGUGUCGGUGCCCUGCGGCGACUUUUUCUUGGACGUCAACGACAGCACCAAGCCCAUCGUGCUCCUCAGCGGUGGCGUCGGCAUCACGCCAUUGGCGGCCAUGGUCCACGACCUCCUCGACAAGAAGGUGUCCAACCCGAUUCUGUUUGUGCACGCGGCGCGGUCGCCGGCCGUCGAGGCGCUUCGCGACGAACUUCGCGCGCGGACCUCGGACAAUGUGUCCUUUGUGAGCGUCUACGGCACGCCGGUCGACGGCGAGCGCCACGGCCGCCUCAGCGCCGCGCUCCUCGACGAGAUCAUUCCAAACAAGGACGCGCACUACUACUUUUGCGGUCCGCCGGGCUUUAUGCGCAACGUGCGCGACAUUGUACUAUCGCAGUGGCACAUCCCCGCGGCCCAAGUCCACUACGAGUUUUUCGGCCCGCACGAUGCGUAAUCGAUUCCGCACAUG